ACUCAAAGUGAAGCAGCGUCCCUUUGUACUCGUAGAGAAGUAGAUAAAGAUUCACACAGUUUCCGUUUGUCUCUUUGUCUGCACGAAAAGAAGGAAUCAACACAACACCAACCAACCAUAAACCCUAGCUAGAACAAAUCACCUUUUUCACCUUCUAUCUUCUUCUCCAUCCUCUCUCUGUCUCAAUUCAUUUCCGUUUGUGAUGGCUUCUACAUCUGCCUCGUGGUCUCCAAGCUCUCCUCAGCUCCGCUUGGCUUUCCGUUGCAGGAAUUGCAGGGAACCACGUCCGCUUCUCCUGCUUGAUUAUCGUCGUCCUCGUCUGCUCUCGGUUUCACUAAGCCGGACUAAGGAACUGGAACGACGUCGUAAUGUUGCUUCGCGGAUUGUGUCGGACUCCGCUGCUGGGGCGGAUACUUUUUCCGGCUGGUCCGAUUCGGAUACUGUUGAAGAUUCCAUUGGCUCGGGAGGGAGAAGAAGGUUUGGAGGAAUUAUGGGAGCUGGAUCAGCUGGACUUGUGCUGGUAGCAGGGCUUUCCUUUGCAGCAAUGUCCCUAAGUAAUCGAAGCACUUCCAGACCCAAACAGCAGUUGGAACCCUUAACAGCUCAACAGGAAGUUUCAUUUGAUAACGAGAGUGAACAAGCCAAAGAAAAUGAAAUUGAAACAGGAACACAUAAGGAUCUUUCGGCACCUACAGAAUCCAACGGCACUUCUACUGAAAAUAAUCUUGAUAAUGACAAUGGGACCUACUUAGUAGACAGUUCAACAUCCAAUGGCGAUAGUGCCAGUAACACCAGUCCUAUUCAAGAAGACAGGCAAAAUGUUUCAUCUUUGGAUGGGGAGUCAGUUUUCCUGGACACAACUCCAAUCUCACCUAAUUUGCCUGAAUCUGAUGCUGUGGGUGUCUCUUCUGUUGCAUCAAGCCUAAGAGAGUCAGAUAGCAACCUUGACAUUGGUUCACCUGAAGCAACUUCAGAGAUUGAUGACAAAUUGAUUAGUGUUCAAGAAACUAUUGAUACUAACUUGUCUGACCCAAUAAACCUAGACAAUGAUCUCAACGAGGGAAAACUUGAAGGAAAAGAGAAUUCCAGUAUCUCAGUGGAUUCUUCUUAUAGUUCCAAUUCAAUCAGUGAUCCUUCAAUUGUGGGCUUCUCAGUUAGUUCGGAGGUGGAACCAAUUUUAGAACCUCAGGCUAUACCUGAAGACAAUCUGGAAACCAUAGAUUCCUCUCAAACUGAAGAAAACCUUGAGAGUCGCAAAAUGUCACUGCCCUCGGUUGAAAUAAAGAAUGCAUCUCUGGAAGAUAAUAAGUUAAAUGAGAGUGAGUCAUCUCAAACAACCCCUGUGUCGGCACCUGCUCAUUCAUUAACAAUAGAGCAAAGCAAAAUUGAUUAUGAUGGGAUGAAAGAUAGCAUACCAGAUUUUGAAUCACCAACUCCUAGGAGUUGCUUCUCCCCAGUUGGUAUACCUGCUCCAUCUGCAGUUUCUGCAGAUCUACAGGCUCACUCGGGAGAGGUUCUAGUUCCUGCAGUUGUUGAUCAGUUUCAGGGGCAGGCACUUGCAGCUCUACAAGUUUUGAAGGUUAUUGAGGCUGAAGCUCUACCUGGUGAUCUCUGUACACGUCGUGAGUAUGCUCGGUGGUUAGUGGCAGCAAGCAAUGCUCUUUCAAGGAAUGUAGUAUCAAAAGUUUAUCCUGCAAUGUACGUUGAGAAUGUUACUGAACUUGCAUUUGAUGACAUCAUACCUGAAGACGCUGAUUUUUCAUCGAUUCAAGGCUUGGCAGAGGCUGGACUUAUCUCAAGCAAGCUUUCAAAUCAAGAACUGCUCAAUUACAAUCGAGGCCCAGUUUACUUCUCUCCUGAAAGCCCUCUAUCACGCCAGGAUCUUGUAAGCUGGAAAAUGGCUCUAGAGAAAAGACAACUCCCAGAAGCUGACCGAGAGAUCCUCUACCAACUUUCUGGUUUUAUAGACAUUGAUAAGAUAAAUCCAAAUGCAUGGCCUGCACUUGUAGCUGACUUGUCUACUGGAGAACCAGGAAUAAUAGCACUUGCUUUUGGUUGUACAAGAUUGUUCCAGCCAAGUAAGCCUGUGACAAAGGCCCAAGCAGCUGUUGCUAUUGCAACUGGUGAAGCUUCUGACCUAGUAAGUGAGGAGCUAGCACGUAUUGAAGCUGAAUCAGUGGCAGAAAAUGCAGUAUCUGCUCACAAUGCUUUAGUAGCUGAAGUUGAGAAAGAUGUUAAUGCUAAUUUUGAGAAAGAACUUUCGAUGGAACGUGAAAAGAUUGAUGCUUUGGAAAAAAUGGCUGAAGAGGCAAAGCGCGAGCUGGAAAGGUUAAGAGCUGAGAGAGAGGAAGAGAAUAUGGUCUUAAUGAAGGACCGUGCUGCUAUUAGUGCUGAAACGGAAAUUCUUUCAAGGUUAAGGCGUGAAGUGGAGGAGCAGUUGGAAAGCAUGAUAAAUGACAAAGUAGAGAUAUCAUAUGAGAAGGAAAGAAUUAGCAAACUACGAAAAGAAACAGAGGGUGAAACCCAAGAGAUUGUCAGGUUACAGCAUGAGUUGGAGGUGGAAAGAAAAGCCUUAUCAAUGGCCAGGGCAUGGGCUGAGGAUGAGGCGAAACGAGCAAGAGAACAGGCAAAAGCCCUGGAGGAGGCUAGGGAACAGUGGGAAAGACGGGGCGUCAAAGUGGUGGUUGACAAUGACCUCCAUGAAGAGAGUGUUGCAGGAGAUACGUGGGUAAAUGUAGGGAAGCAAGUUGCAGUUGAAGGAACUAUUAGCAGGGGUGAAACGUUGGUGGGGAAGCUCAAGACAUUGGCAAGUGAAGUAGAAGGCAAAUCUAGAGAGUUCAUCGAUAAGAUUGUCCAGAGGAUCCAGUAUUUGAUUUCAGUGUUGCGAAAAUGGGCCUCCGAGGCAGGUGCAAAGGCUGAAGAAUUGAAAGAUGGGGCUGUGUUGAAGGCAAGGGGAUCAGUACAGGAGAUGCAGCAAACCACAGCAGGAUUUAGUUCGGCUGUUAAAGAAGGUGCAAAACGAGUGGCAGGAGAUUGUCGGGAAGGAGUUGAGAAACUCACUCAGAGGUUUAGAACAUAGCCUCCCCAAGAGGUUCGUCCCCCUCCUUUCUUUCUUGGACACCAAUAAAUAAAUUUUGCAGCAGAGAAGCAUGUAAUUCUUCUUCCGAUCUCUGGUCAUUAGAUGGUACCUAGUUAUCAAUCCAAUGAUGUUUGUAAAAUGUGUACCAAUAAUUUAAAUCUAUUUGUUGUUGCUGCCGCUUCCUGUUAAGGAAUUCAACUUGGAAAUGUCCUAGUGAAGCUCAUAAAAUAAGCUGACGGAUGAACUCGUAUUUUUUAUUUGGAUAAGCUACACCAGACAAUAUCGAUUUUAACAGUUCAAUCAUUAGUGACUUAAAAGAUAACUUUGUCAUUCA